ACAAAAGCAAUGGCUACUGGCACUGAAGGAUCUGCCCAGCUGUGGUUAACAGGGCUGUUUUUCUCUCUGGCCAUCACACUAACGGCCACUCAGAAAUCUGUUGUGUCCUUGACCCCACCAUGGAUUAGAAUAUUUACAGGAGAUAACGUGACUCUUACAUGCAAUGCAAACAGUUCCCUUCAAGACAACAAUACUAAAUGGUUCCACAAUGGUACCAUUUCUAAAGUUACAACUUCACAUUGGGACAUCGUGAGUGCCACCAUUCAAGACAGUGGAAAAUACAUAUGCCAGAACCAAGGACUUUACAAGAGUAAACCCGUGUACUUGGAAGUGACGAGAGAUUGGCUGCUCCUUCAGACCUCUGCUGAGAUGGUAAUAGACAAUGAGUCCUUUGACAUCCGAUGCCAUGGCUGGAGGAACGGGACUGUCCAGAAGGUGAUCUACUAUAGGAAUGACCAUGCUUUCAAGUACAGUUAUGAGAACCCCAAAAUCACCAUUAGAAAUGCCAACCUUAACGACAGUGGCACCUAUCACUGCACGGGCUAUCUUAAGCGGCUGAACUACACAUCCGAGAAAUUCAAAAUCACCGUAAUAAGAUUUUACAAAAACAAGCAUCAUUGGCUACAGUUUAUUAUCCAGUUGCUGGUGGUGAUUCUGUUUGCUGUGGACACGGGGUUAUUGUUUUCAACUCAGGAACAGUUCAAACUAGCCUUGAAGAUUCAGAAGGCAAGAAAACGCAACAAACCUUAAAGCUUAAUGCCUAACCUAGGCACAUAAAGGAACUGAUGUCAUUGCUGGCAUUCUUAACAGCGAUUUUCCAUAGCUUCUCAACUGUCAAAGGUCAUUCGCAGUAUCCAUGGAAAAGUCUGUGCCCCAGGAUUUGCAUAAAUGCUUCAUUAAACUGUCUGCAGCUGGUUCAGUGACAUGUAAUAGCAAAUGU